AUGUAAUAUAAAAACUUUAAUUUGGAACACAAUUUUACCAUCUUGUUACAGGAACAAGGGGAUGGGUAACCAGCUAGGCUGCGGUCAGUCCAUGGGCCAAUACAGGUGGUGAGCUGGGAGAGUGUGUGUGUGUUGGGGGGAUGAAUGUAAUGUAAAAACUUUAAUUUGGAACACUGUUUUACCAUUUUGUUAUAGGAAGAAGGGGAUGGGGGACCAGCUAGGCUACAGUCAGUCGAUGGUCCAAUACAGGUGGAUGGUUGAGAGAUUUUGAGGAAUGUAAUAUAUUAGCUUUAAUUCAUAACACUGUUUUACCAUUUUGUUUCAGGGGCUAGGAGAGAGGGGAGCAGUGAUAAAGAUCAGGAGUUGUCUGUGCCCUUGUGUGCUGUUGGACCAGCUAGGCUACAGUCAGUCCAUGGUCUAUAACAGGCGAAGGGCCUAGAGAGUUUGGGAAUGGGGAACUAGAGGAAUGAGCAGUGAUGAGGAGUUGUCUGUGCGUGUGCAUGUGGUGUUGGACCAGGUGGGCUACUGAAGAAGUGGAGGAAUGAGCAGUGAUGAGGAGUUGUCUGUGCGCGUGUAUGAGGUGUUGGACCAGGUGGGCUACAGUCAGUCUAUGGUACAACAAAGGCGGGAAGCUGCGAGAGAGAGGGAUGUGAUAAUGAACGGAAAAAGAGAGGAAACAACACAGCUAACUGCAGGCAGUAAGGGUGAGGGAUUUGCAGCACCAUUUGAAAGUGACACUGAUCGUGUGUUUCUAUACAACUAUGCAGUUUGUAGAAAACCAGGUAAUGAUUCCAUGAGUUUGCCUGACACCCAAUAUGAGUUCACCAUGGAUGGUGAACACUGCCACCCUGGGCACUUCAGACAGGAACUGAUACACAAAGGGACUAAGGAGAAUUCUAACAUUCAACAGGCAUUGUUUGUCAAUGACAAAAGCAGAACAUUAAUUUCAAGUGAACUGUACAGGACAUCUUUCAUUGAAGAUAAAACUAAGGAAACAGUUUCUGGACCAGCCCUGACAGGUAGCGAUGAAAAUCAGAGUUGGGAUAUGGUGUAUGCAUUACGCUGUACCAGUCAACAACAGCUGCUCUCAGAGUGGAUCAGCAGACCAAGACAGCAUAACUGGCCAACGCCUGACCUGGUAGCAGAGGCGUCCAAACUAGAGGCCCAAAUGGUCCCUGUGGGCUGUAAAAGUAGUGAACAUAAAGACAUUGAGUGGAGAGUCUGUUUUAUCCCCAGUGAACAAAGGCUGACUGACAGCUGGGAUGAGAACCAAUACAAAAUAUACAUCCUGCUGAAGUUGAUUACGAAAUCCCAGCUGAAACCAAUAUCUGAUGAAAUAUCAUCUUUCCUUUUAAAAAAUAUCAUGCUGUGGUACACAGAACAGAAUCCAACAGAAAUGUUCCAGACAAAAAAUUUACUUCAAAAUGUUAUCUCAUGUUUGAGGAAUCUCCAAGAAGCCAUAAAAGUCAACCAACUUCCCUACUACAUGAUCCCUGGCAGAAACCUGCUGACCGGCAGAAUAAGCCCAGAACAACAACAGCAGCUGAUUACGAAGCUUGACGAGCUUAUACAGGAAGGUCCUUGUGUCGUACUGAGAUGUCCAAAAGUACAUGCAGCCCUAGAGAUGUCUCCAGCUGCGCUGGCUGAGAAGGGCAGCUGGAGGGAUGAGGUGGAGAAGCUGUUUCUGAAGACGAGGAACAUAUGGUGGACACACUGGAGGCCUGACAUGAAGAAGGAGGAGAUUGACCAGAUCGCACAGAGUGAUCCACAGUACAUGAAUGUUCGGGAGGGGAUGUGUGACUUGCUAUGGCCACAGUGGAGGGAGUACCAAGGAGAUGAUAGGAGAGAUAUAUUGAAUAAGAAACGGGCUGAAGCUUUAGCGUAGCUUAAUCAGUGUGUGUAUACAAAACAUUUAAUCCUGUUUUAAGGAGCUUUAAACUUUUUUGAGAAAUUGGGCCCUGCAGAUCUACACUACUACUGUCUAUAAGACUGGGUUUGUGACAUUUUUAGUCAUUUGUCUAAAGUUGUCCUAAGGUGAGGCAGUGCUAAAGAAUAGACAUACAUGUAAUAUAAAACAAUAAAUAUCAGCAACAGAGUGGUCAACCAAAUGGCCACAAUGUGAACCCAAUAUACAUGCCUUCAAAUCUUGUUUUCAGGGGUAUAAUGAUGAUAUGUAAAUAAAACAUUCUUAAAUUAAAAAACAACAACACAAACUUGCUUAAAAUACUGCCCCUCAAGUUUGAAAAUACCCAAUUACAUUUUGAAAAAAAAAUAUUGGAACACUUGACUGCUCAAGAGAAGUAAACCUGAAUUGCUUAAAAUAAAAGUAAUUAGUGAAUGGCUGUUCUUGUAUAUUUCAUACUUUGUGAAAUAACUAUGUUGUAAAUGUACCAUGUACAUUAAUGUAUACUUGUGUUCUGUGUUAGGACUACCUCAACUAAGUGUUUGUCAUUAACAUCAAAGUACAGAAUAAAACCACUUCAAACUGA